CCAAGCCUAUCAAGGGCGCGAAGAAGACCAAGGCUGCGCCGUCCACGCCCAUGACGCGCUUCGAGCUGGCGCACGCUAACCUGAUGGCCAAGUACGGCUGUGGAGGCGGCGCGUCUGUGCGGACUUCGCACGCUGCGUAGACCGAGCCGAAUAGGAGGAUCUCGAAUAGAUUCUGUGCGGUGACAUCAACUGCCUGUGCAAGCGCUACUCCGGAGCGGAAAAGGCAUCCCAUGCUACAGGACGUCUCCUAUGGGAUAAUCGAACAAACCCUGGCCCAGGCAAGUCCCGCCGGCCAGGCCCACUACUUUCCGACACGGUCGCUGCAUCACUUCCGUUCUGUAUAUAGUCAUAGAUCACCUGCAUGUAACAUGUGUCUUGAUCUGAAUAACGAAUCGGCUGAUUGCCACCAUGGAUUCGC